AUGGCUCCCAAGAAAGGCGAUAGAGAUUCAAUCGGGAUAGUGGGUGCAGGCUUGGUAGGAUGUUUAGCUGCAUUGGCCUUCUCCCGGAAGGGCUACGACGUUAGUCUUUUCGAUUUACGACCUGACCCAAAAAGCAUAGACCGAUCAAAGAGGAAUUUACGAUCCAUCAAUCUAGCAGUUAGCAAUCGAGGCAUCCGAGCAGUUGAAUAUGUUGACGAGUCAUUGUCGAGUAAAAUACUUGACCAUGUCAUUCCGAUGAAGGGAAGAAUGAUACACGAUAUAACUGGAUUAAAGCAGGAGUCGCAAUUAUAUGGGUUGAGCGGUGAGUGUAUCAAUUCAAUUGAUAGAUCUUAUCUUAAUGACUUGUUGUUGGAAGAAUUGGGCCAGAGUGGCGUAAAGGUAUACUUUGAGCACAAGUUGGUUAAAUUGAGCAACGUGGAUACAUCUCCGACUAUGGAGUUUUCGAGCAAGAAUGGCAUAGUAAAGUUUGGCUCUUUUGAUUACAUCAUAGGUGCUGAUGGAGCCCACUCUCACUUCAGGCACCAAAUGCAAAAGGGUAUGCGAAUGGACUUGUCCCAAAAAUACAUCGACAUGCAAUAUAUGGAGUUGUAUAUACCGCCCGACCCAGAAAGAAAAUUUGCAAUCGAUGCCAACCACUUGCAUAUUUGGCCGCGGCAUGAUUUUAUGUUGAUUGCAUUAGCAAACGAGGACGGGUCAUUUACAUCGACGUUCUUCAGUCCCUGGUCUGUUAUUGAAUCAAUAAACUCGAGCGACGAGUUUGUUCAGUUUUUCAAAAAGAAUUUUCCUGAUGCGUAUGAGCUCAUUGGACAGGAGGCAUUAAUCAGUGCCUACGAUAACAAUCCGAGGGGAUCACUUAUGCAAAUCAGUGCAUAUCCCUACAACAGUCCACUUGGGAAGGCUAUCAUUAUUGGAGAUGCUGCGCAUUCUAUGGUGCCAUUCUACGGACAAGGGAUGAACUGUGGGUUUGAAGAUGUAAGGAUAUUGAUGGAGUUGAUUGAAGCAAAUAAUGGAAACAUUGAAAAGGCCUUUUUGGCGUACUCGCCGCAAAGGAAGGAUGAUUUGGAUGCAAUUUGCAAAUUGGCAUUGGACAAUUACUACGAAAUGUCAUCAAAGGUUACUAAUAUCUGGUAUCUAACCAAGAAAAAGUUGGAUUACACUUUGGGAACGUGGUUCAAGAACAAAUGGUUACCUUUGUACACAAUGAUCUCAUUCAGAGAUGAUAUCCCAUAUUCAAAGGCAGUUGCAAUUGAAGCAAGGCAAUCGAGAAUAUUAAAUAACUUACAAAUGAGCUUAGUAAGCUCCUUGUUGGUCUACGGUGCAGUUCAAGGAGCCAAGCUUUAUGAAAGAUGGAAGUAUCAUUAG